AUGUCCGAACAGGUCCCCAAGUUCAGCGACAGCAUUGACUACAUAGUCCGCCUGCACAACUACCUCAGUCGCAUCAAACAAGUUGACAAGUUUGAAUGGGUCUGUAGCGUUUCUGGCGCAGCCAACAACCACAUACAUACUGCUCAAGCCAAGCUGAACGGAGAAGUCAUUGCCAUUGGUACAGGCAGCGCAAGGAACGUUGCGAAGAGGCUGGCUGCGUACGAUGCACUAAGCAAAUUGGAGCCGGGCCAAUUGGUGUAG